AUGUUGUUGCGCAGAUAUCGCCGUUCACCUCGCCGGCGACUUCUUAAAGCCGUCCUCUAUAUCCUCACCUGUCUCUUCCUCUUCGACCUCCUCACAAUCCUCAAACAACAUCGCGAGUUCUCUCGGAACUUGCAAGCCCACACAUACAACGAUGUUGCAUCACUCCCCUCGUCAGUCAAGAACCAGAAGGUCUUCAUAGUCGCACAAUUCUGGACCAAUGCGAAGAUCAUUCAGGACCGGUGGGGCCAGGCUCUCCUCGACCUGGUCGCCACACUGGGCAAAGAAAAUGUGUACAUAAGCAUAUACGAGAGCGGCAGUCUUGACCGCACGAAGGAUGUGCUGAAGAUGCUGGACGACAUACUGGCAGAGCAAAAUAUCCCCCGAUCAGUCAUCCUCGAUCCGACAUCACAUGCAGACGAAAUCAAUGUGGGCCCCAUCGAUGAGCAAGGGAAUCCAAGGGCGGGGUGGAUUCAGACCACGACAGUGGGAGCGGGCAAAGAGCUGCGACGUAUCCCAUACCUCGCGCGCCUGCGCAACACAUCUCUCAAGGUCCUCUUCGAUCACCACGCCCAGGGGAUUGAAUACGACAAAAUCCUGUAUCUCAACGAUGUGGUAUUCCGCCCUUCAGACGUCCUCACCCUCCUCGCUACCAAUCAAGGCUCCUUCACCUCGGCAUGCGCCCUCGACUUUCACUACCCACCAGACUACUACGAUACAUUCGUUCUCCGCGAUAGCAAGGGCGAUGGCACUGUGAUGAAAUCAUUUCCCUAUUUCCGCUCCGAAGACUCUCGCAACGCCAUACUGGCUGGCCGCCCUACGAAGGUUCAAUCAUGCUGGAACGGCAUGAUCGUGCUUGACACAGCUCCAUUCUACGAUGGCCUCCGCUUCCGCGCACUACCGGAUAGUCUGGCGUCCAAGCAUCUGGAAGCCAGCGAAUGCUGCCUCAUCCAUACAGACAUGAUGGCAAUGAUGGGCUCCGCGGCGCGCGGUAUCUACGUCAACCCAUCGGUCCGCGUCGGCUACACUGUCAACGCCUACAACCUGACACACAGCGGACCAGAUCAGAAUUUCGUAUCCGGAACCCAGUACGUGACGGGCGUGUGGCUGAACCGUAUCAAGCGGAAAAUAUUGGGACGUGUCACGAAAGCCACUCAAGAUGUCGGGCGGAAAAUGGAACGCUGGCGAAAAGAAGGCUCCAGCUCGCUAGAGAGUAGAGAUGAGUCCGGCGAAAUGUGUAUCAUUGAUGAACAGCAUAUCCUCAUUUGGAAUGGUUGGAAACAUGUCUAA